CAAUGUGCGUCGCUUAAACGUACCGCCAGUUGUUCCCCUACAACUUCCAUCGGAGCAAUUCAGGUUGAGAGCUUCUUCUUCUUCAUCUGGGACUACUUCCAGGCACCCCCAUAGCAACAGAAGAUCACAGAAUAGUUGACACGUUAUCAUUUGGUUUCGAACAGCAAAUUUAUGGCGAUCCGAAACCCCGACAUUCCCAGGUUUGGUUUAGUAGGCCCUUGGAUCCAGUGUAAUUACCGAUAAUACCACCUCCCGAUCUCUUCGUCUCUUUUCGAUUUGGUCUCCAAUCGGAACCCUAGGACCCAUGGCUGGGGCGGCCUCGGCUUUCUUCCUUCUCGACAUCAAGGGCCGGGUUCUGGUGUGGCGGGACUACCGCGGCGACGUCUCCUCCGUCCAGGCGGAGCGAUUCUUCACCAAGCUCAUUGAGAAAGAGGGUGAUCCGGGGUCUCAAGAUCCAGUGGCGUAUGAUAAUGGCGUGACCUACUUGUUUGUACAGCACAGCAAUGUCUAUCUGAUGACAGCCUCGAGGCAGAACUGCAAUGCCGCUAGCCUUCUUCUCUUUCUUCACCGUGUAGUUGAUGUAUUUAAGCAUUAUUUUGAGGAGUUAGAAGAGGAGUCGCUUAGAGACAACUUUGUUGUAGUGUAUGAGCUACUUGACGAGAUGAUGGACUUUGGUUACCCUCAGUACACCGAAGCAAAGAUUUUAAGCGAGUUUAUUAAGACCGAUGCUUAUAGGAUGGAGGUUUCACAGAGGCCACCUAUGGCUGUGACAAAUGCUGUGUCAUGGCGCAGUGAAGGCAUACUUUAUAAGAAGAAUGAAGCAUUCUUGGAUGUCGUUGAGAGUAUUAAUAUACUUGUCAACAGCAAUGGCCAAAUUAUUAGGUCAGAUGUUGUUGGUGCAUUGAAGAUGCGAACUUACUUAAGUGGGAUGCCUGAGUGUAAGCUUGGGCUGAAUGAUAGAGUGUUGUUGGAGGCGCAAGGGCGAGCAACAAAGGGGAAAGCCAUCGAUUUGGAUGACAUCAAGUUUCAUCAGUGUGUGCGCUUGGCACGAUUUGAAAAUGAUAGGACAAUAGCCUUCAUACCUCCUGAUGGAUCUUUUGAUCUCAUGACAUAUAGACUCAGUACUCAGGUAAAACCUCUGAUAUGGGUGGAAGCUCAAGUUGAAAGGCAUUCUAAAAGUCGUAUAGAGAUGACGGUGAAAGCACGCAGUCAAUUUAAGGAGCGCAGUACUGCUACUAAUGUUGAGAUUGAGUUCCCUGUUCCAUCUGAUGCUACAAAUCCAAAUAUUCGGACAUCAAUGGGUUCUGCUUCAUAUGCACCAGAAAAUGAUGCUCUUGUCUGGAAAAUUAGGUCCUUUCCUGGUGGUAAGGAAUAUAUGCUUAGAGCAGAAUUUAGGCUUCCAACUAUAAUGGCUGAAGAAGCAGUUCCUGAGAGAAAAGCUCCUAUACGCGUGAAGUUUGAGAUACCAUAUUUUACUGUUUCUGGAAUACAGGUUCGUUAUCUAAAGAUCAUCGAGAAAAGUGGCUACCAGGCUCUUCCGUGGGUGAGAUAUAUAACAAUGGCUGGCGAGUACGAACUAAGACUUGUAUGAAAGGCUGCUUCCCUCUGUUGGCGGGUUCCCACUCGCCAAAGCUGCUUCCCUUUUCGGACAAACGGGCCAACUGAGGAAAUUCAUUCUUCUUGGUCAUUUUUGCUGCUGAAGUAAUUCUUUUUCUGGGCUAAAGUGUUAGUUGAAGUGAUUCUUGAAAAUCUGUAAAAGUUGAUGUUUACUAGCAAAAAUCUUUCCCAAACAUGUCGAGUCUCUUCAAGGUGUAUUUUGUUUUCGUUUGUGAAUUAAAUGUUUGACUGAGAUAUUCAUGAGAAUUCAUCCCUCCCUUUUA